CUGAAGCUUCUCUUGAACGUCUUCAACAACGUUCCAAGAUCAAAAUACCUUAUUCUUGGUGCUGGAUCAAACGAUUUUACUUUUGCCCACCGAGUCAUAGAUUUUAUAUCUGCCCCAAAUAGAUUCGAUGGCUGAUCAAGAGAACAAUGGUAUUGGGGUCGCAGACACAUUCCCUCUGGUGCUCGAGGAUUGUUCCUUCGAGGAGUUGGAUAGAAAUCCUGUUGUGUCUAAUAGCGUGAAGAAAGUGGAGGAGAGAGCCAAGUGUGAAAAUUUGGGGAUUCCGAGUGGUACGGUGGUGCAAGAAAUGAGAAAUGGUGCUGAGCCUACUGCUAUAGAAUCUACUCUUGUCUUGAAAGUGGACGGAGAAGCGUGUGAAAGUUUGGGGAUUUCCGGUUGUAACAUUGAGGACGGGAUGGGAAGUAUUAGUCUAGCUGGCGGGCUUCAGAGUUCUGAGCAGGAUAUGAGAAACGGUGCUGAAACAAUUGCUGUAGAAGCUACUACUGUCGUGGAGGCGGAUGAUGAAGUGCGUCAAGAAAUGGGGGUUUUGGGUGGUAACAGUAUUGUUAAGGAAGGGGUGGGAAGUACUAGUUUGGUUAGUGGUCUCGGAAGCUCUGUUAUAAUUGGAAAGAAUGACGGGAAGACUGAGACUAAGAUGGAUGAGGAUGAGAGCGAGAGUUCAGAGUCGAGUGAGACUGAGAUGGAUGAGGAUGAGAGCGAGAGUUCAGAGUCCGAGAGUGAUGAUCCAUCUUCAUCAACAUCUGCAUCUUCUAGUAGUAGCAGUGAUAGCGACGAUAGUUCUACUAGUGGUGGUUCUAGUGAUGAUGACGAUAGUGAAGAUAGUGAAGAAGAGGAACAUCAGGAAGAAGAAAAAAUUACAAAAAAGAUUGAAGUGGAAGUUGAAGAAGGUGAGAUAAAUGACUCUGAUGGGCAAGAGCUGGGUACUGACACGGCCGUCAAUGAUGAUGAAAAUGCUGGGGAGGUUUCUUGGAGUGGCAUUAAUGAUGAAGAUGAUGAGGAUGGGCCUGCUACGGAAGGACCCAUCAGGUCAAAGAACGAGGUCAAGGAUCUUCCUUCAGUUCCUCCUGUAAAUGUGACCAUAGAACCGCACCAUCAAAUGCUGCCAGUAGGAGUAGUUAUGUCGAUAAUCAGCCCCCAAGUCAUUGUGGAAGGGAUUGAGAAGCAUGAUCCUCUUAAUGAGGGGUCCAUUCUCUGGAUAACUGAAACCCGAACACCACUAGGGUUGGUUGAUGAAAUCUUUGGACCUGUCAAAAACCCUUACUAUAUUGUGAGAUACAAUUCUGAAAAUGAAAUCCCCAAGGGUGUCCAUGUGGGUACUUUGAUCUCUUUUGUUCCAGAAUUUGCCAAUCAUGUGCUUAAUAACAAGGAUGUUUACAAGAAAGGCUAUGAUGCUUCUGGUUUGAAUGAUGAAGAGGUGUCCGAUGAAGCAGAGUUUUCUGAUGACGAGAAAGAGGCAGAAUACAGGAAAAUGCAAAAAGUGAUGAAGCGAGGCAUUAGUGAUAAGAAUCAUGGAAAGCAUAAAAACAACAAAAAGAAGGCUUCGAGGAAAAAUGGCCCGGCAGCACCUCCCAACCCUGUCCCAUCUGCUUCAACGCAUAAUCAUCAAAAGUUUCCUCCAUUUUCAGGCAUCAGACCAGGUCCUUUCGAGGCAGCUUCGAUUGUUCCACCCUUUCGACCUGCAAAUCCCGGCCCUAAUUUAGCUUCAAAUGGAGUUUGGACAAAUGGGAUAUCACUUAUGCAGCCACAAACAGCUCUGCUUCCCAAUGGAUUUCCUCCUAAUGACCUAUCUUUGUUCCCAGGAAAUGCACAAAAUCCUUAUCAGUUGCCAGUGACAGGAAUUCCAUUUCAACAGCAGUUAGGCCCCAAUCUAGGAUCGCUUCCACUUCCAGGAACCAGCUUGCCCCUAGUACAGCCUAAUAUAUUUGCGCAACCUAUGCAUCCACAGGGGCUUCUUGGUCAAAAUCAAAUGACAUUUGGGAUGAGUUUCCCUCAAGUUCAGACAUGUGUUAGGGGUGGUGGAGAGCAAGGCUUUUUACAGUACGGCAUGCAACCAGAAAAAAAUCAUAAUUUUCAGUCAGGUUCUGACAAUGUCCAUGCUCCCAAUCAAUUUAGGUCCGGUGGCUCUGCUAAUCGUGGAAGGAAAACCUUUCACCAAAGGGGAAGGAAAGGCUGGCGGCCAACAAAGUAGAAAGUUCUGUGUGCUCCCCUGCCCAUGCAAAUCUUUACCCGGGCCAUACUGGAUGUUCCCUUUUUUUUUUUUUUGAGCGUGUAAUGUUGAAUCUUGGGUUGAAAUGAAUCUACUUGAGCUAUAUUUGGUGCCUAUGAUUAUUAUCAACUACAUAAAUAUAAAUGUAAAACGCGAUGAAAGCGAAUUACUUGCAGUGACAGAAAAAAUAAUGAUGAUGAAUACUAAUAGAUAUUAGAUCACAGUAAAA